AUGGCAGCGAAUGCGCCUGCGGACUCAACCCGUCCUGCUGACGAACAGACACUACCUGGUGGCCAGUCCAGAUCUCCAGACCCGGAACCCACGUCGAAGAAGCAGGAAGACGAGUCCCAGCAGGACCGAGAGGACUAUAAUAAGGAAGAUGACGAGAAGGAUGAGGGUGAGGUGAAUUCUGGAGGUGUCAAGGAUGACGCGCAACCUCCUCUCCCUGAUGAAGAAGUUCCUCCCCUUCCCGAUGAGCCGGUGCCGGCGGACGUGGAAGAUGAUGGAUGGGAUGCAAUGUGGGAUGAUAAUGCACAGGCCUAUUAUUUCUAUAACCGCGUUACCGGUCUCUCGCAGUGGGAGAACCCUCGUGUGCCAGACGCAACACAGGCAGUGCUACCAGUGCAGCCGGGGCCCCCGGGGGUCAGCGAGGAGGAUAGAAAGACAGCGGAAGAAGCCAGACAACAAGCCCCCCAACAACCACGAGCUGCCGGCGGGUAUGACCCAGCUAUACACGGUGACUACGACCCGACAGCCUGGUACGCCCAACAAACCGAAGAGGCUCCCUCCGCACCAGCUGCUGCUGUCCCUGAAUACCCUAAUGUCCGGUAUACUGCAACGGGCUCGUUCAAUCGGUUCACCGGCAAAUGGCAAUCUGCAGUAUUAAGGCCAGAGAACUUCAAUGACGAGAACAAGAAUCAUCGGCAGCUGAACGCCUUCUUUGACGUUGACGCUGCAGCCAACAGCCAUGAAGGGAAAAGUCUCAAGGCUGAGCGGAGUGGAAAGAAGUUGACAAGGAAAGAGCUCAAGGCAUUUAAGGAAAAAAGGCGAGAAAGGAAAGAGGAAAAACGCAGGGCCUGGCUGCGAGAUUGA